UACAUGUUACUUCAUGUUAUGAUAUUAUCUAUCUGCACCCCUGAUUAUAUCUAAUUUCUCACCCCACCCCCUAUUUCGCCGAGUCCCUCUUUAUCUCAGGUGUGCAGCCGGGCUGACUACUCUAGGCAGCACCUUGCGUAGGCCAGAGUGGGUAGGUGGGUGACCAGGAAGCACAUUGAGGGGGAGGCUCUUAUGACUGUGACAGCGACCGGAGGAUCCCCAAAUAUUUCUUGUGGCGGGAGCUCAGAGCAAGCAUAAGCUACGGUAAUCGCCGAGGAUUUGAUCGUACACAUAGGCCGCAGCCUCACAAGUACAGUAGGACUCAGGGUGACACUUGGGGCCUCUCCAGCCCUGGUCGGCGGAGGGGGAAGGAUGAGCGAGGCUGGUGUCUGGAGGGCGGCCGCACUCAGAAGAGGAGAAAGGUCGGGGACAUCGAGACACUAUGGCCAAAGCAGGACAAUCCUGAGGAAGGUUGUUUGACCUUUCCACUACCUUUAUCACAAAACAAAUGCACCCUGAAAGCAAAAUGACCAAUCAUGAGACGGUGUCCAACAACAGCCAAUUACAGCCGCCAAAUGUCAGCCUUGAAUCUAUGAGAAAAGGGCUACAAGAACCCAAAACCAAUCAAAUGUCCCCGAACAACUUGAGUUUAAAGAGUGGGCAAAGUCAGGUGCUGAACCUGGGAAAAGGACAAGGAGAGGAUGGGGAAGAUGUAAUUGAGAAAAGGGAGCCCCGAACCCCUUCUCUGGAACCUGAGCCUAAAGAAGAUCUGCCUCUACGUACUAAGAGAAGGUGUGUCCUGGAACCCAAGCAGCUGUAUGGUGGAGAUGAGUGGUGUUCAGGGCCUGACACAGACGAGGAAGAAAAGAGUCUUUUGCUUCCCCAAAGCUCUAAAUCUGCUGUUUCCUCUGGGAUUAAUGACUCCAGUUCUUCAAAGACCUCAAAUGGCGCAGGCCCUGGCCCACAGGGGAAUAAUGAUGGUCCUGGGGGUGAGUCCCGACCCCCUUCGCAAAUUGUUUACAUCUUCACUACAUAUUUAGCAAACAAGGCAGCAGAUGCUGUGUUGAAGUCUGAAGCUGAUUCCAUCCUGCAUUACCACCAGAAAAAUGUUCCCCGAGCCAAACUGGAUAAGAACACACUGCAGAAACCUUCAGAGUCUCCUAAUCCAAGUGGGGCUACCAAAGCUUCCAGUUUUUCACCUCCUGCUUUGCUUAAAUCUGCCCAUCAGACAACACCUUCUCCUAGCAAGCCACCUCCCUCUACUUUGCCAUGUGAUGCAGAUCCAGAGAAAGUAAACAAGGAGAUAACACCCCACCCAGUGGACAAUGGCAGUAGUCACCCAUACAGUGGACACUCCAAUUCUCCCCCACAGCCCACUGCCAAGGCAUCAGUUGAGAAUCCAGUGGAGGGAGACUCACAGCAAGGAGAUGAAAUAACACCAGACCAAAAAGUUCUUUCUAGAGAGAAGCUUGAACAUCGAGAGCGUUCUCUCCAAACUCUACAGGACAUUGAAAGGCUACUUUUGAGUAGCAGAACAACUAAUGAACCCUUACAAAAGCACACAUCAAGCUUGGGUGAUGAACCUACUCUCCCCCCACUUUCAGUGAACCCUCCAAAAUCAGUGAAGAAAUAUGAGGAACCCUUGCAGUCAAUGAUUACACAGACACAGAGGCUGGGUGGUCCCAGAACAGAAGAAGAAAUAGGUGGGCCACAGUAUGGACUUAAAAUGGGGCAACAUUUAAGUCUCAUGAUGCAUCGGUUUGGCCAUGAUAGUCUCACACCAGAGCAGGCUGCAUGGAGAAAGCUGCAGGAGGAAUAUUAUGUAGAAAAACAAAGGAAGGAGGAACGUGUGUCUAUCCCUAGCGGAUCCGCUCCAGAUUUGGUACUUAGAGGGCUGCCCCCCCUUUACCACAACAAGUCUGGGGAACAGUGGGUUGGAAACUGUUCGCCAGGAACAUUGGAGGGUCAAGAACCUAGCCUUUUGAGGUCAGGGGGUAUGACUUCUCAGGGUCCAAGGUUCCCUGCUAGAUAUGGAGCAAUGCAAAAUGUACCAAUCAACUCCAUGGGUAUCAUACAGAGGCCAGGCAGUUGGGUUGAGGAGGUACCUUCUAUGACUAGUGGACUGGGAGGAUUCUCUCAAUCUGGAAUGCCAGAUAAGGGGGGAUUAGAUCGAUUUGCAAACAAUUAUGCUCGUGAAGAGUUUUUACAACAGCAGCUUCUACAAAAGAGGCCUCUGGCCAUGCAGAGGCAGAUUUCAGUGGCCAGUGGGAAAGGAACUGAGAUGGUGGUUCCUCACCAUCAAGAAAGUUCUACGCUACUCACUGCAGACAGUGUGGGAGGCGGACCUGGCAUGGGUUUUGAUGGGUCUCAUGGCAUGGUGAACCCCAAACUUGUCCAGCAAGAAACAUUGAGAGAUUCAGACCCCAUAGGAAGAAGUGGCAACUUAAAUAUGAACAUGAGUGUUAACAUGAAUCUAAAUCUUCAAAUGGCUCCCCAUCAGCACAUACUUCAGAAGUCCAGGACCAAUGGGGGCUUGAUGGGUAUCCAGGGCAGUUUUGAAUCAGAGGAACUGAUGAGGAUAACAAGGGCCCAAAAUGGCCUUGACAAACAGGGCUUUCCUCAAGUACAGGGACCACAUCCUGGUAUUCAGCAAGAGAUGGUAAGGGAUGGGUUUGGAUCAGAGCUUAGUUCUAUUGGCGGGCCAACUAAGCUUAGCCAUAUUUCUCCAUCUUCUGCACAUGGCUCUAAUACAGAUGGCUUGGAGACAGUCCACAUGACUGCCAACAGGAGCUUUAGCCGUAGACCAAGUGAGCUGACUAUUAAUGUCAAUCAAAUAGAGUCUCCUGCAAUGAACCAUCUCAAGUCACCAAAACUUGUGCAGGUUAAUAACACUCCUCUUAUGAGCUCCUCUACUGGCAACAUGAAACCCCUCCAUAAAUCUGGUAGUCAGAUAUCUGGCCUACACAUAUCCAAUACACCUGGUUCUCCACAUGUCCUGAGCUCAUCUUUAAGUGGUUGCUCACCCAGUGGCUCCCCCAGAAGGCUGAAGUCACCUCAGAUAAACAUACCUUCUCCAGGAUGGAUCCCAUCUCCCAAAGAUGGAGCCACCUCACAGAAUCCUUUAUCCCUCAUGAUGUCACAGAUGUCUAAGUAUGCCAUGCCAAGCACCAGACCACUCUAUCACAAUGCCAUGAAAACCAUAGGCACGUCUGAUGAGGACCUUCUUUCAGAGCGCAUGUUUCUACAAGCUGUCAGCCAGCAGGGUCCUAGGAUGCCACCCAUCUCUAUGCACUUUAACCUGUCCCCUUCACAGAACUCCAUCCUUUCUGGACAGCCAUCUCUUUCUCAUGACCCUCUUUCCUCUCUCCUCAAAUCACCUGGCUCCUCAAUGCAUCCCUCUGAUGGACUUCAGAACCGCCUAAUGAUUAACCAUAUGAUCCAGGAUCCUUCCUGUCCAGGUCCAGGAACUCAAAUGAUGUCUUCCAACCAGCUAGUCUUCCCAACAGACUUGCAGCCAGGGCUACAACACAACUCUUCCAUGUCACAAGGAGGAGGUUCCUUUCAACAGCAUUUUUUUGAUGAUAUGCCCACACAGACUCGUCUACCUCCAAGACCGACCGAGACCUAUGGCCCAGGAUUGUCAAUUCUUAGUGAUCCAAAUCUUGGUGGGGUCAUUAGGCCGUCAGCCAGUGGUAUCCCAGAGUUUGAUCUUUCUCGGAUCAUGCCCUCAGAAAAGCCCAGCAGUACUCUUCAGUAUUUUCCCAAGGCAGGUAUCGAAAAUGCAAAACCACAUUCAACCAACAUGCACCUAUUAGGCCUGCAGAAUAUGAUGAUGGAUCAGCAUCAGGGUCGUCUUCCUCGGUCACAAAGAUCCUUGCCUGCAAUAGAUAGAUCACAGAUUUUGUCCCCAUCUCAAAUAUUACAAGAGAACAUCAUGCUCAUGAAACAGCGUAGUAUGUCAGGGGAAGUGUACUCUCAGAACAGCCGUGUACUAUCUCAACAGGAGCAACUGUAUGGGCAGCAAAAUAUGACAGUUGGGCACCACAUGAGACCGCAAAAUCUGUCCUUGGACUCUAAUAUUUCAGGACCCGGACACUUGCCAUUCUAACUGAAGGGGCCAGCUCCAACCUCCACUUGCAAUCCUUUUAUUUCUUUUGCUUAACCCUCUGAUCAGCAUCUCAGCAAGGUGUGUUUUAUUUAGGAAUCAAAUUACUUUCCCAUGCACCAAUUUUAAAUUCCUCUUUCCUGAUACUAAAACAGACCAUUUUAUGUUGACCGUUCUACCUGACACAUCUGGCAGUAUCCGACAACCAUCACCUUACAGUUCCAGUUUACAUUAGUAUAUUAUUAUUUUUUUCCGCCUGGCACAGACAGGCACUCAUAAUCAGAAUCUGCUUCUGCCACCUCUCCCUGCACCAAAGGCCUAGUAAUUGCUCACCAUUAUUUGCUAACAAAUACUGCUAUUCUCUCCUUCCUAUUCUUGGUACAGCUGCUCCUGCUAGGCUCUACCAACAAUGACAGUUGUUUCACCAGUUUUGUUCUUUACAUCUAGCGAUUUAUAUUCAUUUUCACUCUGUUCUCUAUUGUUUCCAUGCUUAGGUUUUUUUUGUGUUUUUUUUUUUUUUUGCAUGACCAUAUCUUUUCAUCUUUCAUUAAAACCAAAUUCUCAAAAACUCAUCUGCAUCAGGGACGUGCAGGCAGGGAAGGCAGAUAUUCACCUGUCAUGAAAAGAAAAUAAUGUUAAAAUAAAAUUAAAAAAACUUACCAAAUUUUCUGACCUUAGCUGCAAAUACAUGGAGAGAGACAGCCCUUCGAUUGCGCAACAACAUAGGUGAUGUAUGGAGUGUGUACCUGAGUCUUUUUAUGUAAGUGUCUGUGAGUGUUUUUGAGUCUUUGAAUGUGUGUGUGUGUGUGUCUCAGGAGGGUUUCUGUGUGUCUGAGUUUUAUUUGUGUGUGUGUGUGAGUAUUUCUGAAUGUCUGUUAGUGAGUACAUGUUUCUGUGUGUCUCUGUAUUUCUGUGAGUGUGUGUGCUUUUUAAUGUCUUUGUUUCUUUCUAAUGACACAGUGAGUCCACGGAUCAUCAUAAUUACUGUUAGGAAUAUCACUCCUGACCAGCAGGAGGAGGCAAAGAGCACCACAGCAAAGCUGUUAAAAACCACUCCCUUACCCACAAUCCUUAGUCAUUCUCUUUGCCUGUAUCAGUUGCAAGGAGGUGGUAAAGUUAGGUGUCUGACAGAAUUUGUUCAAUCAAGAGUUUAUUUUCAAAGCAGAACUGGCUGUCCCGAUCUUUGCUGGGGUUUAGCCGUUGUCCAUGUCAGUCUCUUCAGUAGAGCAGUGGUGGCUUUUAAGCAACUGGGAAUUUGUGGGGUAUAAUCCCUGCUGCGUCUCCCAAACAGUUAUUGCUGCCCUAUCUUGAAAGCAUGAGUAAGUUUAUUCAGUCUUUCUUUUUUCCACAGGUCCAUGUGAGGAAGGAGACCAUCUCAAACCGAGUGAGCUGUCCUGCUGCCAGGCAGAUCUACAUUGAGGUAAGUGCUGGAUUUAAAUUCUGAUAGAAGAAAGGAAAUUUAAGGCACUUUAACAUUUCUGUUUGGGACAUUUAUACAUUUGAUCCUAUUAUGGGUUAAUGGGAUGUGUAGGCUCAGUAGUGUUUUGUGUCCGGUGUGUUCCGGACAGGAUACUCCAGUUAAAUCUUGAUGAUUUUUUUUCGUUUUCCUGUUUUUAUUACCCCUCUUAAGUUCCUGAAUUGAACAGUUAAAUUUAAUUGUUCAUGUCAGGAGACCAUUAGAGCGAUAUGGCGCCUUUCCUAAGGGGCUGCGUGGAGGUGUUUGUGUAACAUUCUAAGCACACAUUGGGGUUAACUUUGUAUUUUGUUACUCCGCUUUUAGAAGCGUUUUCAAGAGGCUGCACGAUGGUGCCACUGUCCUGCUGGGGUCAGUCAUCUGCAGGAAUUUCUUCACAAGGUUCGGAAAGCAUUUUAGAGACAUUUUAUGGACGGAGUGAAGCCCCAGUACGUUCUGUCUGUUGGUCACGCCUUCAUUGCUUUUUCGGAACGGCGCCAUUUUAGAGGAGCUGGGCAUAUAUCUGUAACUCCAUCUCGUUCUCCAGAGUGUGAAUGGAACAGAGUUGUGGUUCUGUCUCCCUUGUAUAGUUAAGGCAUAUGGAUACUAUAUCAUAUAUCUAGAUGCUUUCUUGGAGUAUAGUAGAAUCUCUCCAAUUUGGAUGUAUGCGUUACUUAGGGCAGGCUGUUAUAGGAGUAUGUUUAUACCCUAGUUCUUGUGUGUUUUAGUAUUCUCAUUUUAACAUUCAGAUAGUUUAUAUCACUUUCUAGUUUUCUGUGAUAUAGUCAUAGGAUAUGAUGAUAGGUUAAUAUGUUUCCUUUGCAAAUAAAGAUAGUAUGGGAAACAUUGGUUUAUUCUAUCAUCUGUUCCUUUGGAGAUAUAAAUUAAAAAGGAACAUUUAUAAUAUAUGUGUUACUUUUUAGGAAUAUAAAUAUAAUUGAGGAAAGUUAGAUGUUUUUAGAUGUUUGUGUCACCUUGUCAGUUGAACUUGGAAUGGUACUAUUUUAUAUGAGCCUUAUGUCUCCUAGGAUUAUGCCGUUUAGGUAAUGCCACAGCUCUAUCCUUUUAUGUCCCAAGCCUUUUUGGCGUCACAUGCAGUGCCCUGCGGUUUCUCUGAAUCUCCAGGAGGAGUAUGUUUGCUUCCAGAUUUUUGCAACUCCGGUAUAUUGGGAUAUCUUUUUUUUUUUUUUUUUUUGGUCUGGUUUUUCUUUUUUCAGAUUGUGAGGUUUCUGUUCCAUUUUUUUACUACGCUAGUUGUGAGGAGUUUUCGCCGGUAGGUUUCUGAAGGUGAAUACUCAGAUUUCGACAGUUUAAUUCCUUCAUCAUCAUAUCAUUCAGAUGUAUGCUUUAUCACCUCGUGUAUUUUUAAAGGAGGUUUUGGCUACUCGGACGACAUCGAUUCCUUUUCGUUGUCAACCUUUGAAAGUUUUCUGAAGUUUAUCAGUUAUGUUCCUUCCUAUGAGGAAGUGUUUCCAGACAUGUCUUGGAUACAGAAAAUGUCCUUUCUGGGAUUUUCCUGUUUUUCUAAUGCACAGUGUCCUGAGUAGAAGGGAGUUUUUUCAACUAGGAUCAUAGAACUCUGUUCCCUAUGUGGGUAGCUGCUCCCUAAGGAUCUAUGGAUACGUAGCUCUGGUUUCUAUUGUUCAUUUAGAACAAUGUCUUGUCUUAUUAGUCUUUAUGUGCUAGCCCACUGGGCAUUGGGGCUGACAUUUUGGUCAGCUGAGUAGCCUUUCCUGUAACUUAGGGGUAUGGUUAGGCUUAGAGUUAUGCAGUGGCAUUUUCAAUUUUUUAUGUUUCCUCCUAAUCCACACUUCUAGCGUUUCCUUUUCAAGGAUGAGACCUUGUUUGGAUUCUGUCUGGCAGAAUUAGCCUCUGUCUGUAUGGGGUUUUUCUUGCACACAUCAGGAGAGUAAGACUAAGGGGAAAGUUUUUUCCUUUUUUCCUCUUUAUGCAGUGUCUGUCCUGUUUUUGGAGUCCAAUCUAAGUUUCCCUCCAAAGGGCAGAUUUCUCCUUUUCAGUAUCUGCAUUCCAGGUAGGAUGAGAGACUUUGUUUGAAAGCCUUUCUCUCUGCGGGUGAUAGUUCCAGUCUGGGAACGGGAUCUAUGUUUUUACCUCGUUUCCUUAGGUUCUGACCUUCAAUGUAGUAUUUAUUUUUUUGCUUCCAGAGGGCCUAUUCAGUCUACUCAUAGACCUGAAGGAUGUGUAUUUAUUGUCCCUGUGAUCGGGAUCUUCUCAAGUGAGGACUUUUGGUCCUGGGGUAGUGCAAGGGUGUUUUUCUGGACAAUAUAGGUUCAGGUGUCGUCCUUCCUUUGAAUAAGCUCUCUUUCAAGAGAUCUUGUCCAAUCUACUUUUCCAUGGAGGGGAAUUGUGUCUGGGGGAGAGCUCCCUUGUUCCAUUUUUAAGGGUGUUUUUUUUUGGGACCUUUUUUUGGUCUCUAUCUUGAAGUUUUUCUAACAGAGGUUAGACAAUCAAGGAUUUUUCCCUCCCCGCAGUAUCCUGUCCGACCAACAGCAAGGGCUACUGGUACAGUAAAUAGAGCUAUCUUGCUACCAGAGGUGGGAGUUUGGAUCUAACUGCAGUUGGUUUUUCCUUCAGUUUUUUUCGGUAGAAGGGAAUUGAUCUGAUGAUUCAGUGGUCAUCAUUCCUUGUUGCUAUUUUUAUAUGGGGAGAUCUGUCUCAGAGGAUAGAUUUAGAUCAGUCGACUAGAGACUUUCUCCCGUAGUGGUUUUUCAGGAGUAUCUGUCUCAGGGCGUGUGUUUCUUGAGACAUUCCUGGGUUGUGUGACCACGGACGUCAACCUGCUGAGCUGGGAAGCAGUCUGGUAAUUGCUUUUAGGUGCUGGGAGGAUGCACUAGAAGUGUCUGCUUUCCUUCUUAUUAUAUUGGAUUGGAGAGUAAUUUUCAAUGCUCUGAAUUGGUCUUGGUCGUCCUUAGUUUGGUUCUAUUUGGAUGAUAUCACCUGUAUGGUUUUCUUUAUUCUCCAGGAAGGAACUAGGCGUUCCUUAGCUAUGUAGGAGGUGACUGGAGUGGGUUCUGAUGGCGUCUCCACUAAAUGUCAAGCUUCUAGGGUACGGUUCUAGGUCCAGGGAUCCUCAGACCGUCCUGAUAGAUGCUUUGGCGGUCCGUUGGGAUUUCAGACUUUUUUACCUGGUUUAUUUGUUUGCUCUCUUCCAAGAGUCAUUGCUUGUAUCACUUUGUAGCGAGUGUUGGUGUUUCUACUAGCCCCUGCGUGGCCUUGCAGGGUCUGGUGUACAGACCUAGGGGAGAUGUUGUCUCUCUCCCAUCUUGGAGGCUGCCUCUGAGGAAUAACCUUCUGAAUCAGGGUCUCUUCCUUCUUCCAGGUCUUUUUCUUUUAUGCUUGGAGAUUGAAGGCUUAGUUCUUCUAAACAUGUUUUUUUUCUGAAGUUGGUCAUUGAGCCUAUGGUUCGAGUUCUCAGAACAGUUUUUAGAAGGAUGAUCAUAAAUAUCCUUUUUGAGUGUGAGUCCAUGGAUGUCUCCUGGAAUAGUCCGGAUUCCUUUCAUUUUCUCCGUUCUCCGGGAGGGUCUGGAGAAGGGUUUGUCAGCAAUUUUGGAGUUUUGGUUGCAUUGUCUAUUUUGCCACAUAGCGUCUGGCGGUCAUUCCAGCUGGGCAAUUUAUCAGGCUCUGGUCAGUAUUAGGCCUGUGUUUAAGUUGGUUACUUUUGGGGUCUUAACCUGGUUCUUAAGGUUUUGCAGCAGGCUCCCUUUGAACCAAUGCAUUCUUCAAUUUCUUGGAAGGUUUGUUUCUUGUUGAUUUUUCUUCUGCUAGGAGAGUAUCAGAACUCUCAGCUUUGCAGUGUGACUUCUCUUGUCUUUUGGGAUAAUAAGGUGGGGUUUCGUAUUAAGUAGGUUUUCUUUCCUUAAGGAUGUUUCGGACAGGAAUUUUAUUCAGGAAAUUAUUGUUCCUUCUCUAUGUCCUAAUCCUUCUUCUCAUUUGGAUCGUUUGUUACACAUUUCUGGAUGUUGUGAGUGAUUUGAGAUUCUUCUUGCAGGAGACUGAGGUUUUUCGCCGGUAUUCUGUCUCUUUUGUUUGUUUCUCUGGGAUACACAAGGAUCAGAAAGCUUGAGAAGUAUUCUUAAUUUGUUUUAUGAGACUGCUGGACUGCAGCUUCCUGAGAGACUUACAGCUCAUUAUCCGAGGGCUGUUUCUUCUUCUUGGGCUUCCUAAAAUGGAGUUUCUGUGGAACAGAUUUGUAAGACUGCCACUUGGUCAUCUUUACAUACUUUUUCUAAAAAUGUUAUGUUUUGAUACUUUUGCUUCGGUUGAGGCUUCUUUUGGGAGAGAAGUUCUUCAAGCAGUGGUGCCUUCUGUUUAGGUUUACUGUUUUGUCCCUCCCUUAUCAUCCGUGUCCUCUGGCUUGGGUAUUGGUUCCCAACAGUAAUUAUGAUGAUCCGUGGACUCACCGUGUCAUUAGAAAGAAAACAUAAUUUAUGCUUACCUGAUAUAUGUAUUUAUUUCUUGACACGGUGUGUUUUUUCAUAAACCUCAGGCACCUCUGCAACUUAUAUUACUUCCUUUCUCCUUUCCUUUUGGUUGAAUGACUGGGGAUUUUGGGUAAGGGAGUGGUUUUUAACAGCUUUGCUGUGGUGCUUUUUGCCGCCUCCUGCUGGUCAGGAGUGAUAUUCCUAACAGUAAUUAUGAUGAUCCGUGGACUCACCAUGUCAAGAAAUAAAUUUAUCAGGUAAGCAUAAAUUAUGUUUUUUUGUGAGUGUUUCUGCAGACUUUUCAAUACCCAACAAUUGCACCUCUAUUGGGUUCACGUGUGUUUAUCUGGUGGCUCUGAUACUAGCCAGUGCCUCACCAGCCACUGACCUGCAUGGAGUGAAACCAUUUUGCAGACUUCAAAGGGGUAGACCUUGUUGCAUUCUAGGAGAAGAAGGGCUAACUCUGGAUGUCUCAGCUAGCUUUGAUCUGCCUCCCACAAAAAAAUAAUGAUGCUGUCUCUAAUGCAGAAUCUCAUAGGGAAGAGAGUGAAGUUAUCAUGGGAACAACCAGCAAUUCUAAGAUUUAUUUUAAGCAAAUACAAAUUAAACUGCAGUGUCUUUAGUGUAUUUUUGCUUCUAGUAAUAAGUUCAGUAUGUAUUUAAAGACAACCUUACCAGCAUACUGUUUGCCCAAGGAACCCCCUGUCCAGCCCACUAACUGAGACGUGUGAGUCAUUUUACAUUGAUACAAUACAAACAUCAAUUUUAGGGCUAGAUUACAAGUGGAGCGCUAUUUUUAACGUGUGCCUGUAAAAAAAUCAAAUUUGCCCGUUUACCGGCACAUGUUAAAUAACCAGCCAAUACAAGUGGCUGGUUAAUAAUCCCACAAGCUUGCGGGGCAUUUUGCGCCAACCGCAAUUAACAAGAGGUCAGACAUCUGAUUAAUAAAUAAAAAGUUGCCUCCCAAAUAAAGUGGACAGUUCCUUAAAAUAAAGAAAAAAUAUAAGAAUUUGUAUUUAUUUUUGUAAAAAAAAAAAAAAAAACUGCAUGAAGCAGUUAUAAGGGGUUAGAUGGCACUGAAAUUGCCUUUACAUAGAGGUGAAUGGGAGACUGUUUAUAUGCUUAUAUACAUGUAUAUUCAUGUGUUAAUGUGUACUUUUAAUCUGAUUUUUAAACUGCUUAUUUGAUUGAGCACUAUAUUGUUAUGUACAUGCCUUCACCUACAGACGUAUAGGGAACCAUCUAUAGCAAGAUACACAAUCCUCAAGGUAACAUUUCCCUUUCUAGAAUUCUGUGAAGAAUCUUGUAGUGCUGAUAGAAUUUUUAGAUAAUCUCUCUCGAGUGGGGAGCUUUUGAGAAUUGAACCAUUUAUACCAACUCCAUCUUUCCAUCUUGUUUUUAAGUACUCUGUAUUCUCGACUGCCAACAUCUGUGACUUUUUUAACUUACGAUUAAGCUUCCCCUUCCCAGCAUUUCUUUGCUUAUUAUGGUUGGUUUAUUACACCCCCUUCUUGCCAUUUUUUUUACCACUGUUACCCUCUAAUCUCGGUUUCCCACAUGUUUUUCCUGCCUCUGAUCUCUGUUCCAGUCUGUUAAAAGAGCUGUGGAAUUUCACGUUCACAAGCAAUAAAAUCUACUGGCGAACUAAAUUUAAACAUGAAUAAUGGUUUCUCAUAUUUUUGCAUAUAGAAAACCAAUUGCUAGUUGAGUUUCAAUCCAUCACAACAAUCAACAAUUUUCUUUAAACCUUUGGAGCUAACUUGACCUUACAUUCAUGAUAAUCCAUUUGUCCUGUUUCAUAAAUCUUUUAUUGGCUUUCCGUGCAUUUUUUUAAAUUAGGAAACAUGUUGAGACAUAAAAUAUGAUGAUCUGUAUGUUUUUAUCAUGAAUUUAAUUAAAAGGAUAUUAAACACAAAA